AUGCAUACUGUAAGGAAAAGGGUGUGUAUGUGUGUGCGUGAGAGGGAGCAGUCACCACUUUUCAUUCGCCAGAGCUCUCUACUCCUCCAUGUGCCCCUCCUUGCUAUUUUCUCGGUGCUGCGUCUCCUCGCCCCGCUGACCUUCCCUCUUCUGCUGGUUGUGUUUUCCGUGGAGUCGCUUGCACACUGCCUCUGCGUUGGUGCGAAGAGUGUUGGCUCACAGGUAACUGAGCGAGACCAAACAAAGGGGGCCUUGAAAGGCGACCACACAUGCGACCUUACGCACCUGCAACCACACUCGACUCUCUCCCUCUUCCCUUCUCCGAAACCCCCCCUCAUGGCUGGUCACGACCCGUCAAAUCAUAUUUCUGCUCCGAGAAGAUCGUCACCUGCGCCGCUCUCUCGUACACGCUUCUCGGCAGCAACCCUGGAACGAGAAAAAGUGUGCAAGGAUGAACCAGAGGCGAUUGUAAAAGACCUCUCGCUCAACUCGCUUACCUCGCCGGGGUCACCCUCGUCCUCCUUCCGAGGUUUCACCGCGCUGUUACCAUUGGCAUCCACUCCCGUCUCGCCACCAUACUGCACUGCGCCGCCGCUCUCCAUGCCGCGUCUGCGCCUGCUGAGCUUCACAACGGAGCUCGGCAUCGGGGCAUCCGUCUACAACAGCAUUUACCCUCGUCUGUGUACCAUCGAGUAUCUCCUCUCUGUUGCGAUGGUCAUCUACCUCUGCGCCUACGCUUUCUGCACGCUUCGGGUCUUCUGCGCGAAGAAUAUUCAUCACUAUCUCAGAGACCUUCUGGCACCCAAUACUUUCCUCCGCCGCUACAACGCCAUCGGCUACGAUAAACACGUAGACAGUCAGUGGGGGCGGUUCACUCAGCAGUACACAACGCUGGUAGAGCUCUCUGCUUUCAUGGGUGCAACAACCUUCCUCUGCCGCUGCGUGUCGAGCACUUCCAUGAGCCGCGCACCCUCGACGGCUGACUCGAUCUCAUCAUAUGACAUCAGCCAAAAUGGGCUUGCCGGCACUACGAACGGCGCUGUCACCAACAUCGGCACUCGGGGAGGAAGACUGCCUGCAGAAAGCAGUGCUUCUGACGUUCGUGCAAGCAAGCUCGUGUCACUCGCGUUACGUGUGUGGCGUAUCAUCGCCGGGCAUUCAUGGAGUAUCCCUGCGUUCUACACCGUCACAGGAUUCAUUUUUGUGGCCGCUGUGCACGGCCCGCACUUCUUCCUUCCACUGCUCCUCAUCAUCGCCAACUACGUCAUCUUCUCGCGGCUGCAGCGCCUGUGCCCCUACUGGCUCUUCAUGGCCACCAUGUGGGCCACGCACGUCGCCGGCCUGUACAUCAUCGAGAUCGCCAAUGGGUUCGAGGGGACGUACUGGCUCCAGUACUUCUUCACCACGAGUGCUGAUGAGGCGCUGAAUCUCCUCGGAUAUGAGCAGAAGCCUCUGUGGGACACGAAUAUGCGCUGGGCCAUAUCCUUCCGGAUGUCGACGCUGCGCCUCAUCUCCUUCAACUACGACCUGUGGGAGGCCACGCACGCCGCCGCGCGCGCGCGCGAGCGUGCCACGGCGAAGCACGACGCCACCUGCAUCGAGUGCGCGCAGCUGCGCGAGCAGAACGCUGCGCUGGCGGCCGCGCUGCCCGCCGAGGCGUCGCGCUGCUACAAGUACCGCACCGAGUACCCGCGCGACCCCGCCGACUACAACUUCGUGAACUACGCCGCCUACACGCUGUUCCCGCCACUGUACCUUGGCGGGCCAAUGUCGUCCUUCAACGCGUUCGUGUCGUACAUGCGCGUGCCGAGCACGUCGAUGCCGCUGCGCAAGAUGGUCACGUAUGCGUUCGCCAUCUUCCGCAUCUAUGCUACGACGGUGCUGCUUCUACACUUUGUGCACUUGCCAGCCUUAGCGAAACACUCCUACCUUAUCACGGAGAUGAGCUUGCAGGAGCAGGCGCACUUUGUGUUCUUAACGCUGGCCUACCUGUGGCUGAAGUUCAACUUCAUCUGGAAGUCGUCGCGCCUCUUCGCCAUGCUCAGCGGCAUCGAAGUUCCGGAGGACAUGCGGCGCUGCUUCAACGCGUCCUAUACGGUGCGGGAAUUCUGGCGGGAUUGGCACGCCUCCUUCAACCUGUGGGUCGUGCGGUACAUGUACAUCCCGAUGGGCGGCAGCAGCCGCGUCGCGCUGUCGGUGCUGCCCAUCUUCCUGUUCAUCGCGUUGUGGCACGACCCGGUGUUGCAUCUUGUGAAGUGGGCGCUGUGCAUUGCCGUGAUGUUCAUGGCGGAGGUGGCGGUGAGCGGGUGCUUUGGGUGGGCUGUGGCGGCGUUCCGCCGUGAGAUGGCCGCCGUGGCACCGACGGGCGCCGUGAAUGAUGCCACGCUGGAAAGGGAGAGCCCCAUUACCGACCCGGUGCGUCGUCGUCUGCUGGCGCGCCUGGCGAGGUUGUGUGCGCGUCGCUUGAGCCCAUCCCUGCGCGCGUGGUCUUAUCGUAUGUUACGCGUGUUAGGGGGCAUCAUCGCUUUUGCCGGUCUUCUACUCGUUAACCUGGUCGGUUUCUCCAUGCAGAACGAACAGGGAACGGGCGAGAAGAUGGGGUGGACUGACAAGCCGGUGAACGCGGAUAGCGCGAUACUCCGGACACUGCGUCAACUGACGAGUUCAUUUUUGCUUGGACUCUUGCUGUACCUGUACUGUAGCAUCUCCAUCACUGUCACUGGGCGUGAUAUAGAGGCAUCAGAGCGACAAGCGUUGAAGGAGCGCUAUGGACUGGUGUGA